AUGUCAAAUAUAACAGUAGAGUUUAUAGAGAAAGGAGGAGCUUCUUGGUUUAGCAUCAGUGGUGUUGGUGUUGUCGAACAAACAUCAGAAUAUCCUUCAAGAUACACAAUCGAUUUUAAAACAGUGGAUGAUAGUGAGAUUCCUUCAAGUUGGAGUUACAGUCAGAAAAAAUUAGAUAAAAAUAUUAAGAAAUUUAGAAAAUUGACGAGUUAUAACUCGGGUAUCUUCAAAUUAUUAGGUUAUAUCAGAUUAUUAUAUUAUAAAAUUAAAUAA